AUGGCGUAUCAGAGCCGCAACCCCUUUCCUGAAGAAUGUGCAAAUGGCAUUAACCAAACUGCAGCUUCCCAGAUGUACAUUGGUGAUGUGUACUUAACUCUGGCCCACUACUUCACUGGACCAGCUGGAAUGCCUCCUUUUGUCAUGUUCUUUGAGAAUGUGGCUGAUGUGAAGCUGAGUCAAUCAAAGGAGUUCCUAAGGCUUUUAAGAAGACGUGAGGGUAUGGUCAGGAUUCCAUUUAUUGAGAGAGCCAACAUAGAACAACCAGGAACUCCAGAAAAAGUCCUAACAUAUGUUGUGAAUCUGGAAGAUCAGUUAACUAGGAUUUUGGAGGACCUGAAGACUACAGCUUCUCAGGCUGGUGAAACUCAGCUUGUAAAAUUUGUUAAGGAUUUAAUGACUAAACAGGAACGACAAAGAAGAUUUUUGGAAAGGCAAAUUUCAGACCUGAGGAAAUUAGAAGAAUAUAAACAGCAGAGAAAACUGUCUGAAAAUCCUCCGGAGCCGUCUGUAUCUGCUGAAGACUCAAACUCUGCGGCAGCACAGCAAGUCUCCCCAUUGUAG